AGUUGACAUCUGUUGCCUGGGUGACCAGGGCCUUGUCAACUCUAUCAGAGCCCAGUGAUCCCACGAUGUCCGCCGAGGUUCUUGUGUCCCGGCCCCUGGCCCCCCAGAGUGUCCCCCCGGGGAGCCUCCCGACCCAAUCCCCGGAGGCUGCCAUCAACGCCACGGGCCAGCACUCCUCCUCCGGCCUGGCCACCUCCGGCUUCCGUACAGCGAAGUACCUGCUGGAGGAAUGGCAGCAGGGCAACUCCACGACGUACUACCAGGCAUUCGCCGACCGGGACAGCUCGGAGAGGACGAGGCAGGAGAGCAAGGUGCUGGCGGCGGAAGCCGAGGCCCGGGCCCAGCGCAGCCAGGCGGAGGCCACCCGGAGGCUGGGGGAGAGGCUGCUGGAUAUUCACUUCUGGAAGUCGGAGCUGGCCAGGGAGGUCGAGGAGCUGCGAGCCGAGACCCAGCUCCUCCUGCAGGGCAAGAACAGGCUGGAGAGGGCCCUGGACGCCACCGAGAUCCCCUUCAGCAUCGCCUCGGACAACCUGCAGUGCAGGGAGAGGAGAGUCGGGGCCGAGCUGGUCCGGGACGGCGUGGAGCUGGAGCUGCUGCAGGAAGUAGAAUUGAUCAGAAAUGUUCAAGAGCUUCUGAAGAGGACCCUGAACCAAACCAUUCAACAGAUCCGGAUGAAUCGCGCGGCCAAGGAAGCUCUGGAGAUGGACUGGUCGGAUAAGGUCGAAGCCUACGACAUCGACGACAAAUGCGGAAGAUACAAUAAUCAGAGCACAGAGAUCCAGUUCCACCACAAUUCCUCCAAAUACGAAGACAACACUUCCACCCCAGAAUCUUGGACGCAGUACAGCCACGAUAAUAUAUACAAGGCAGAGCGCGAGAGGAUGACUUCGGUGAAUCUCCGUUCAUUGAUUGACAGCAUCCUCCAGGACACGGCGGAGGACCUGCGCGCCCAGUGCGCCGCCGUCGACCGGGCUUUGGCCAAGCGCUGCGAGGAAGUGGACGACGCCAAGAGGAAGUUAGAAAACCAUUUGCAAAAGACCUUGGCAGAAAUCGCCGGCCAGGAGAAUAAUAUCGCGGCUCUCCGGCAAGCUAUUAAAGACAAGGAAGGUCCGCUGAAGGUUGCGCAGACGCGGCUGUACGAGAGGUCUCACAGGCCCAACGUGGAGCUCUGCAGAGACCCCGUGCAGUUCAGGUUGAUAAGCGAAGUCGGGGAACUCACCGAAUCCGUCGACGUUCUAAGACAGAAGCUGGAGGCGGCCGAGCAGGCGCUGAGGAACCUGGAAGACACCAGGAUGUCUCUGGAAAAAGACGUAGCCAACAAGGCCAACAGUCUCUUCAUCGACAGGGAGAAGUGCAUGACCCAUCGCACCCGGUACCCCGUCGCCAUGAAGCUCACCGGGUACCAGUAGACGCCUUCUAUAAAAAAACAGAUAGAAACUAAGUGUUUUAAUCGCACAAAUGCAUCGCAAUAAACUUUUAAAACAAAAA